AUGUCGACUAGUAGCAGCGGCGAAAAUGCUACCGGUAUUCCCACAAGGAUCCAGGAGAGAUUGAAAGACUGUGUCUCCCACCACCACGUGACGAUUGUGUGUGGCAAGACGGGAUGUGGCAAGAGUACCCGCGUGCCUCCCUAUUUGCUCGACACGUUGGGUGGUCCCAUUCUCUGUACCCAACCGCGUCGCUUGGCCGUGGUAGCCGUCGCCACUCGUGUGGCCCAAGAACGAGGAGUGGCGUUGGGUGGUCAGGAAGUGGGGUAUCAUGUCGGACAAUCGAAUCAUUCCUUAUCCAGUACCAAUCUGAUCUUUACCACGGCAGGAAUUUUGUUGGAAGAACUACGCGCCAAUGGAAUUGCCGCCUUGACCAAAUACAAGGCUGUUAUUUUGGAUGAAUGCCACGAACGAUCUCCCGAGCAAGAGCUCUGUUUAUCCAUGUGCAAAUUGUACCUCUUGCAAAAACAGCAACGCAAAAAUCAACAAGAUAAGAUUCGUCUGGUACUCAUGAGCGCUACCUUUGAUCAUGCCAGAUAUCGAUCCUAUUUUGCUGGUCUGGACACUCCCAUUGAUUUAAUCACACUGGAAACUGCCAACCAAGUUGAUGCACAUUAUGAAAGAGUGGAAACGCUCUACUUGGAGGAUAUUGUGUCGCUCAUGACACACGAUGACACCAUGAAGCACUCCCGUUUUUUGAACAGCAUGAGAAUAGAUCCAGACGAAGAACUGCAGGGAGAAGAUGGAGGGAAAUCCCUCUCGCUCAAUUUGCUGAAUUUCGUACGGUCGCUAGUGAUACAACUGGAUCGAGAGGAACCCAUUUCGGGUGUCUUUAUGAUUUUUGCCCCCACAUACCGCCAUUUGGAACAAAUUUACGACAUGAUCCAUGCAGCUCUGUCGGUGGGAAUGCACAAUACACACCCCUGGAAAGUCGGCGUCCUACAUUCGUCUAUGGACAUGGAAGAUUGUUUGCAAAACAUGCAACCUCCAACCGACAGCAAAGAAUGGCAGCAUAAUCGAUUUCGAAAAAUACUGCUGUGCUCCGCCAUUGCCGACUCGUCGGUUACCGUUCCAGGAGUUUCCUGUGUCAUUGAUUUGUGUCGCGCACUGCGUGUGCAGUGGACACCCAACAAUUCCUAUGUGGCCAAAACCUUGUGGGCGUCCCAAUCCAUUUGCAAUCAGAGACAGGGGAGAACCGGCAGGACUUGUCCCGGCCGGUGUUUUCGAUUGGUGAGCAAAGGAUACUUUGUGGGACGACUCGAACCAUGGGAGGAACCUUUACUGGCCAUGUCGUCGUGUCGCAAUGAAGUCUUGAAAUUGCUCUGUUCCGCGUCGUCCGCAUCGUCCUCCACCGACCCCGUCCAGGUUUUGAACAAAUGCCUGGACCCACCUCCUCCGGCCGUGGUGGAGGACGCCUUUGUGUAUUUGCAAUCGAUUGGGGCAUGUGUGGCGUUGGGCAAAAAAAGAACCUUUGUUCCAACGAAAAUGGGAGACUUGCUGGCAGCUUUACCCUUUGCCGUGGAAGACAGCCAAGUCAUUGUCGCCGGAGCGCAAGUAGGUCUCCUCCACGAAACAUUGGCUUUGAAAGCGAUCAUGAGUCACAAGCCAAACCCGAUUGUGCACCAUUUUGGCGACCAAGCUGUGAACGACGCCAAUAUACUCUGCUAUUAUGAUCAAGCUCCCAUUGGCAGUUCCGAGAGUGUUAACAUGGCCAACCUCUCCGCGUUCUUGUACUGGGACAUUUCGUGGAAUCAGUUUCGAACCAAAGCCUCCGUGGAGCAGUUUGCUGUGGCGACCGGAGCCGCAACGCACACGACGAGUGAAUUGGCCGAUUUUGCCACUACCCAAGUUGACGCGACAAAACCUUGUGGCAACGUAUGGAAAUGGUGUCCGUCGUUGGAGGACAAGCAUACCCAAUGGUGCCGAGCACGUGGAAUUAAUCCUACAAGUGUUCGUGGUGUGGCCGAGUUGAUGGACACUGCGUUAAGUGUUUUCUACGUAGCUGCCCUAGAGCCAGAGUGGUUGCGGGCCGCCGAUCCAACACCCUUGUGGCGUCGAUUCCGCGACUGGAAAGGCAGACAGCUGAAUGACUAUGUCGUCACAAAGGACGUGCUUGCAAUGGUGUACGAUUUUCACGGAGAACAAAGGCUCAGCAAGGUGCUUAUGGCACUGAAUGAUGGUCCUGGCAGGGCCAUCGGCGAAAUGAGCAAGGAGGACAUCUUGGAAGUAGCAUCGCUUCCCAGCAACAAACCAGUCCAACACAUCAACAGGCAAGUCAAGCUGCCACCUGCCUGCGUACAUUUUCUUGAAGGGAAUUGCAUGUAUGGCGACAAGUGCAAGAAUUCCCAUUCUCCGUACGCGCAGAGACCCAUGUGUAAGUUCUUCUUCAAGGGUGGGUGCAACAGGGGAGCCAACUGUGUGUUCUCGCAUGUCGACGCGGCUGUUCCCGUUGUUGUCUCUGCGGAACAUGCAAACUUGAAAAAGGAUCCCUUGACCAGCCUCGCCCCCACCAUGCCAGAGCUCUACCUACCCGAUGACCUGUUUGAUUGGUUCAGCCAACGCCAUGGAGGUCUCUUCCUACUUGGAGAUGGAAACUUUGACUUUACGAGGAGCCUGUCAACUCUUGGCAUUGGAGCUCGUGUCGCCUCUGAUAUUUCAGCCACUGCGACUCUCAUUGGUGCUACGGUUGUGCUGCCUCAUCUGGAUGCUACAAGGUUGCAUGUAUCUGAUAUCGCCACACGCACAAUACACGAAAAAAGGAUUGACACGUUUCAUUGGAAUUUCCCCUUCACUGGCGACGAAGAACACGACGAAGGCAAUGAAUCACUGGUGCUAGGGACGUUCCACAGUCUCCAUGAAUUCCUGCGGAGAGCCGUCCACACUCGUCAAGACUUGGAAAUGUUCACUCUCUCGUUGACAUUGCAGGGAGAUCAAUUCUCUCGUUGGAAUGUUCUCAAGUCUGCCAUGCGAACUCGCUGGAGACUCAGAUCUUGGGGAUGCUUCAACCUUGAUGACUUCCCAGGAUACAAGCCUCGAAGAGCCGAUGGGAAAGUUUUCCCAGCGAGUGAGAUUCGGUUCUACGAAUUCAACCUUCGUCGCGACGAUCUAUCCGGCAACUAUUCAUAA